GAGAGAGAGAGAGAGAGAGAGAGAGAGUGAAGGGAAGGGAUGAAGAAGCUGUUUGGGAGCCCAGGGAAGGUGAGUGGGCUGGCACUGAGAAUUGGGCAGUGCUGUUUUGCUGCUGCUGCUAUUGGGGUGAUGCUCUCUGCUCAUGGAUUCUUCAAUGCCACUGCAUUUUGCUAUUUAAUUGCAUCAAUGGGGCUUCAAGUUGUUUGGAGUUUUGGACUUGCUUGCCUUGAUAUACAUGCUUUGAGGUCAAAGAGAAGCUUGCAGAAUCCCAUUUUAGUGAGCCUAUUUGUUGUCGGGGAUUGGGUGACGUCUACACUGUCAUUAGCAGCUGCAUGCUCAUCAGCGGGGGUGACAGUUCUGUACUCGAGGGAUUUGAAUUACUGCAGGCCGCCAAUGCAUCUUCCAUGCAGCAGGUUCCAAAUCGCCGUUGCCUUUGCUUUCAUCUCAUGGUUCCUCCUUGCUGUUUCGUCCAUUGUCAUGUUUCGGUUGUUAGGCGCAGUAUGAGCUUGACAAAAUUCUACAUAUUCUUCAAUUUUCCCCUGUAAAUACAUCUGAGAACUGUCGUCCCUAUAUGGAGAGAAAUCUACAACUACGGGGAUGCCACUAGAGCAGUAUCCCGAGCCAGCCGCGCAGUGUCAUACAUCCUAACUUUUCCACGUGGCAGCACGAGGUGUAGUUAGCUUGAGAUACUGUUAUGAUGGCAUUCAUGUUGCAUGGAAGUCCUUCUCCGUCUUGGAGGUUCAUAAGGUUUUGAUCUUCUGGAUGGAUUUCCACUUGUCAAUCACAAUUCUUGAGCAGCUCCAACCUUUGAUUGGGACAAGAGUUGUGGGGUCCAUGACUUGAAAAUCAUCAUGUGUGUUAAUUUUUGUAAUGAAAGUAGGUCUGCUGUCUCUGGAGUGUAAUCAUUUUGCUGUACUAUUGUCUCUCUUGCUUUGCUGUAUUUUAUCUGGUGGAAUUUCACAUGGUAGACCACACUUGAUUAGUUGCUUUUCCUUUUGUCAUUUCA